AUGUAUUCAGCUAUUACUUUGUAUGAGCUACUUGCUGAGGUGAAUUUUAUAAAGGAGAAUAGUCAAGACCUCAUUCAAAGGAUGGGAAUAACUGUUAUCAAGCAAAUUACGGACGACCUAUUUGUACUGAACGUUCUGAAUUAUGAAGAAGUAAGUAUCAUCUGCUGUGAGAAGGUUGAGCAGGAUGCCGCAAGAGGAAUCAUCCACAUGAUUUUGAAGAAAGGUUCAGAGGCCUGUAACCUCUUUCUUAAAUCUCUUGAAAAGUGGAAUUAUCCUCUAUUUCAGGACUUAAAUGGACAAAGUCUUUUUCACCAGAUGUCAGAAGAUGACUUAGACAAUUUGGCACAGGAUUUAAAGGACUUAUACCACACUCCAUCUUUUCUGAACUUCUAUCCCCUCGGUGAGGAUAUUGACAUCAUUUUUAACUUGAAAAGCACCUUCACAGAACCUGUCCUGUGGAGGAAGGACCAACACCAUAAUCGCACGGAGCAGCUAACCCUGAGUGGUCUUCUGGAAGUUCUUCAGAGUCCCUGCCUCAUCGAAGGGGAAUCAGGCAAAGGAAAGUCCACUCUGCUCCAGCGAAUCGCCAUGCUCUGGGCCUCCGGAAAGUGCAGAGCUUUGUCCAAGUUCAAAUUUGUCUUCUUUCUCCGCCUGAGCAGGGCCCAGGGUGGACUCUUCGAAAGCCUGUGUGAUCAGUUGCUGGAUAUACCUGACACAAUGCAGAAGCGGGCUUUCCUGGCCACACUGCUGAAGCUACGGCAGAAAGUUCUGUUCCUCCUUGAUGGCUAUAACGAAUUCAAACCCCAGAACUGCUCAGAAAUUGAAGCUCUGAUUAAGGAAAACCACCGCUUCAAGAAUAUGGUCAUCGUUACCACCACUACCGAGUGCCUGAGGCACAUCAGGCAGUUCGGUGCCCUGACUGUAGAGGUGGGCGACAUGACCGAGGACAGUGCCCAGACUCUCAUCCGGGAAGUGCUGAUAAAGGAGCUUGCUGAAGGCUUGUUGAUGCAGAUUGAGAAAUCCAGAAGCUUGAGGAAUCUGAUGAAGACUCCACUCUUUGUGGUUAUCACUUGUGCAAUCCAGAUGGGGGAGAGUGAGUUCCACGCUAGCACACAAACCACACUGUUCCGUACUUUCUAUGAUCUGCUGGUUCAUAAAAAUAAGCAUAAACAUAAAGGUGUAGCGGCCGGUGACUUCACUCGGAGCCUCGAUCACUGUGGAGACCUAGCUCUGGAAGGUGUGUUCUGCCACAGGUUUGAUUUCGAACCUGAGGAUGUGUCCAGCGUCAAUGAGGAUGUCCUACUGACAACUGGCCUCCUCUGUAAAUACACAGCUCAAAGGUUUAAGCCAAAGUAUAUAUUCUUUCACAAAUCAUUCCAGGAGUACACAGCAGGGAGAAGAUUCAGCAGUUUGUUGACAUCUCAUGAGCCAGAGGAGGUAACCAAAGGGAAUGGUUAUUUGCAGAAAAUGGCUUCCAUUUCAGACAUUACUUCCACGUACAGUAACCUACUCCUGUACACAUGUGGGUCAUCUGCCGAAGCCACCCGGAUCAUUGUGAAACAUCUUGCAACAGUGUACAAACAUGGCAGCCUCCAUGGGCUUUCCAUUGCCAAGAGGCCUCUUUGGAGGCAGGAAUCUAUACAAAACGUGAAAAGCACCACUGAACAAGAAAUUCUGAAAACCAUAAACAUAAAUUCCUUUGCAGAGUGUGGCAUCCAUUUAUUCCAUGAGAGUAUAUCUAAGUCAACUCUGAGUCAAGAAUUUGAAGAUUUCUUUCGUGGUAAAAGCCUAUAUAUUAACUCAGAGAACAUUCCUGAUUACUUAUUUGACUUUUUUGAACACUUGCCUAAUUGUGCAAGUGCCCUGGACUUCAUUAAAUUGGACUUUUAUGGAAGAGCCUCAGUUUCAUGUGACAAGACUGCAGAAGACCCCAGCAGGACCCACAUAGGAGAGACCUCAGAAACCUACAUUUCCAGCAGGGCUGUGUCUUUGUUCUUCAACUGGAAGAAGGAAUUUAAGACUCUGGAUGUCACGCUCCGAGAUUUCAACAAGUUGAAUAAACAAGAUAUCAAAUAUCUGGGGAAGAUUUUCAGCUCAGCCACAAGCCUCAGAUUGUACAUUAAAAGAUGUGUCGGAAUAGCUGGAAGUCUCAGUCCCAUUCUCAGCUCCUGCAAGAACAUUCAUUCUCUCAUGAUUGAUGCCAGUCCGCUCACCAUAGAAGAUGAACGACACAUCACAUCCGUGACAAACCUGAAAACCUUGAGCAUUCAUGACCUACAGACUCAACGGCUGGCAGGUGGUUUGACUGACAGCUUGGGUAAUCUAAAGAACAUUAUGAGGCUCAUACUGGACAACAUUAAGAUGAAUGAGGAGGAUGCUAUAAAACUAGCUGAAGGUCUAACAAACCUGAAGAAGUUGUAUUUGCUCCGUUUGACCCACUUGUCUGACAUUGGAGAGGGAAUGGAUUACAUAGUCAAGUCUCUAUCAGCCAAACCGUGUGACCUUGAAGAAAUCCAAUUAGUCUCCUGCUGUUUGACUGCGAAGGCCAUGAAAGCCCUAGGUCAGAAUCUUCAUAAUUUGGGCAAACUGAAAAUUAUUGAUUUAUCUGAAAAUUACCUGGAAAAGGAUGGAAAUGAAGCUCUACAUGAACUGAUUGGCAGGCUGAACAUCUUGGAAGGGCUAGCUGCCCUGAUGCUGCCCUGGUGGUGUGAUGUGCGAGUGAACCUGAUCAGCCUAUUGGAGCAGCUGGAAGAGGCCCCACAGCUUGUCAAACUUGGACUGAAAAACUGGAGACUUACAGAUUCAGAGAUUAAAAUUUUAGGUGCAUUUUUUGAGACGAACCCUCUGAAAAACUUCCAGCAGUUGGAUUUGGGAGGAAAUUGUGUGAGCAGUGAUGGAUGGCUUGAUUUCAUGGGCGUAUUUGAGAAUCUUCAACAGUUAGUGUUUUUCGACUUCAGCACUGAAGGAUUUUUACCCGAUGCAGCAUUAGUCAGAAAACUUAGCCAUGUGUUAUCAAAGCUGACUUUUUUGCAAGAAGCUAGGCUUGUUGGGUGGCAAUUUGAUGAUGAUGAUCUCAGUGUUAUUAAAGGUACUUUUAAACUAGUAACUGCCUAAAUAAAAGACACUCUAAGCCAAUA